AUGAAUCAAUUAUUCUCCGUUAUGUCACCGAUAUCCAAUGAUAUUAAAUUAUCAUCAGCACCCAGUGAUAUUGAAUUAUCAUCGGCACCCAGUAAUACUGAAUUAUCAUCGAAACCCAAUAAUAUUAAAUUAUCAUCAGCACCCAAUAAAUUUGAACAUUUACAUAUAGCAACUACAACAACCAGAACAACAACAACAACGACAACAGCAACAACAACGACAACAACAACAACGACAACAACAACAACAACAACAACAGCAACAACGACAACAACAACAACGACAACAACAACAACAACAACAACAGCAACAACAACAACAACAACAACUACGACAACGACAACGACAACAACAGUAACAACGACAACAACUACAACCGUUACCACGACCACUACACAUUCUCUCGUGAACAUAACACGAGCAGGUGAUCCAAUUGUUGGCAUUUGUCAUACAGUAGCGGGUGGAUCUACGGGUGGAUCCAACUUGAAUUAUCCAAGCACUGAAAUUCCAGCGGAUGCUAUCGACGGUUCAUUAAACACAAAAUAUCUCAAUUAUGGAGAUUCAUCAACUGGUUGUUCUGGUUCAAGUCCUGCUGGAUUAAAUACUGGAUUUUAUGUUACACCUACUAUAAGUAAUGCAACUGUUAGUGUUGGUCUUCAUUUUGCGACUGCAAAUGACGAUCUUAAUCGUGAUCCAAUAACAGUAACUCUUGAAGGAACAAAUGUAACAACUACUGCAGCUCUCAAUACUGGAACAAGUUGGACAUUGAUUUACAGCGGUUCAACAGGUAUUAGUGCAUCAACUGAUCCCGGUCGUCAAAAAUAUGUUUCUCAACAAAGUUUCUCGAAUACAAUUGCCUUUAGAAGUUAUCGACUUCUUAUUACUUCAAAACGUGGUACUGGAAAUUCAGUUCAAUAUGCCGAAGCUAAUAUAAUUGGAUAUAUUUAA